UGGAAACUAUUAGCCUUUAUACAUUUCGUACAUGCGCGCGACACCAGCUCGAGGUUUGCAUCUUCAUUGUCAUUUGCAGCUUAAGUCGGGACAGUCUAUUUCCCAAACCAAUAUGCCGAGCUAUAAACUCACCUAUUUUGACAUCAGAGGAAGAGGAGAAUCGACACGAUUGAUUUUCAAAGCGGCUGGGGUGGAGUUUGAAGAUAAUCGGGUGACAUUUGAAGAGUGGGGAGCUUUGAAAGCUUCGGCAGAGUUUCCAUUCGGCCAGCUACCAGUGCUUGAAGUUGAUGGAGUGGUGCUUGCUCAGUCUUUUUCCAUUGCAAGAUUUGUAGCCAAUGAAUUUGGUCUUGCCCCGUCCACCAAUUUGGACAAAGCUAAAGCAGACAUGAUUGCUGAUGGUGUUGCUGAUUUGGGUCAAAAACAUGCCACAGCUUUCCUUGAAAAAGACCCAGCUAGAAAGGCUAAGCUGGAAGAGGAAGCGAAAGUAGCUACACCAAGAUUUCUCACUUACUUUGAGAAACUUCUUAAAGCCAAUAAUGAGGGGAAAGGAUUCUUUGUUGGUGACAAGCUAACCUAUGCAGACAUCAUAUUUUUUAACAUUACAAAUGGCUUACUUGCAAAAGGAAAGAUGGAGGUUCCAGCAUUAAUCAAAGAUUUUCCUCUUUUGGCGUCUCAUUAUGAACGUGUCAUGGCGAUCCCGAACAUCAAGAACUGGCUGGAAACACGACCUGAAUCAGCGAUGUAAAAGGGAUGGUUUGUUAACGCCUGUGUUGCUGAAGCUAAAAUGUGUCUAGACAAAUGCUUCAACACUGAAAAGUUUGUUUGUGCCAAUAAAACGAACCCAAAGUCUUGGGGAUCGCGUUUU